AUGGGCAGGAUUUGCCCCGUGAACUCUCGCGCACGCAGGCACCGCGCGAGGCCCGGGCGCCCGAGCGGGGAUUCCCUCCCCUAUCACCAGCUCCAGCGUGGUGCCCCCCGGCAGUGGAGCCCAGACCCCGGCCGUCCAGCAGCGUAUAGACGAGCCCAUGUCUGCGGUGUAACUGCACCGCGCUGGGGAUCCGCCGCCUCCCGCCAGGGUGAGGGCGCCGUCCUCCAGUGUAUGCUACGCAGGCGCGCCCCGCCCUCCUGGUCACGUUGCAGUGCUUGGUCAUGUGACCACGCCUACAGCCGAAGAGGAUGGGAAAAUGCCGCCCUGUUCCUGAACAGGAAGCGGAAGCAGGAAGGAACUGAGAACACUGGCAUCUGCUGCCGCCCUGAAUCAGCGGUAGCAUGUGGAGGCAACCUCAGCCCCCAGUUUUUUAAGACGAUAAUUCAGAUUCAGACACAGGAAUUAUGGUGA